CUAUCAAUUUAGCAGUGGCAGCGCGGCGCACGGUCCUGACGGAAGUAUGGAGCAGCACGGGUGAAACCAGCGCCGCCGGUGACCGCGAACUUGACGUCACGCCGAAGAAAGCACGGCCUCCGGCUCCGGGGCUCGCCGUCGCCAGUCCUCGAGCGACGACCGCGCUGUACGCACGCACGCGACAUGGACGAAUGCGGCUCAUACAAACAUUAAAAUGUCAUUCCGGCGGUUGAUUAGCGCGGUGCGGUCGGCCCGGGAGGCGCUGACCCGCGGUGCGCCCAUGGCGGACGGUCUCCUCAAAUCUUUGGUAUCCUUAAUGGUGAUAUUUUGCAUCGCGGUGUCCUCGCCACCGUCGGCGUGUGCUAAGCCGUUCUCGUUCAGUCUCCCGGCGGGGUGGUCGCUGGCGGGGCUGGUCGGCAGCGUGGGGGCGCGCUCCGAGGACGCCGAGCGGCGGGAGGCGGCCGGCGUGAAGCCGUACACGGGCCGCCGCGUCAGCAACGACACCCUGCGGAUGAUCUACUACCACGACCAGACGGUCGCCGUGGUGGAACUGGGCCCCGGCAAGCUGCUCCUCAACUGCGAGCUCAUCGAAACAUACGACGAGGAUGACACGAGCCGGCUCCUUCGGCAGUUGAGUCGCAUCAAUCGGCCACUAGGGGUCACCUUCCACCAGAUGAUCAAGCUGAUGAGCCAGUGCCAGCAGGUAACUCCACGGACACGCGCACAGGUAGAAGGCGUGGAAGCGUCCGAUGAGAACGAGGGCAGCGUAGGAGCGGCGGCGAGCGGCGGCGCCGGCGCGGCGUGGCGCGCGGACGGCGCGGGCGCACGCGCACGUCUCGACGCCGGCGGCGCGCACGCCGGCUUGCUCGGCGGCAGCCCCCUCACGCUGCUGCAGGGGAUCAUACCUGGUACAAAAUGGUGCGGAACGGGAGACAUAGCCGCCAACUACCACGAUCUGGGUGCCGACCGGCGGCUCGACCGCUGCUGCCGCACCCACGACCUCUGCCCCACCAAAGUCAGGGCCUUCUCCAAGAGAUACAACCUCACCAACAACUCGCUCUACAGCAAGUCGCACUGUACCUGCGACGACAUGCUCUUCGAUUGUCUUAAAACAACCAACACGUCCGCGUCGCAUCUCAUGGGCCAUAUUUAUUUCAAUUUAGUUCAAGUACCGUGCCUUGAGGAUCGACCCGAAGGCAGACAGUUCAGGGAUGCCAAACAGGGCUUCUAGCGACGUCUAGUGGCCAGUAGCUAAAUUAUCUGUUAUAAGCGCCAUCUAGUAGCGAGGAAAGUGUCUAUUCGUCAUUGCACUAUCAUUUACGAUGAUGUUAAUAGCAUUUAUAUAAAUUCAUUAUCUUGUAAAUAUAUAUAUAUAUAUAUAUAUA